AUGUUCAUUUCGGGCAGCCAGGGACGAGCAUUGCUAUCGCAGGGGUGCCCCGAGGGAAUACUUUUUGGCUGUGUAAUGUUCCUCCGGGUCUCGGUGCUCCCCUUCUCUCUUGCCCCGUAGCUGACCAGCGUGUUAGCGACUCUCUCGCCCACCCCAAAAACCGCGUGUGUUACUGCCGACGCUGGUGGGUUUCUGCGGUGGAUCGCUAUGGAUGUGCUGUGGAUGAUACCGCUGCUGCUGAUUCCUCUCCUGAUGUGGACCAGCAGCACGUUUGUUUUUUAUUUCAAGAAGUGCUUUUACGUCGCCUGGAUGAUGUUAUUGGCCCUAAUAGCGAUUCCCCUGUGCAUACUGAAAAGCGGAGGCAGAGACAUUGAAAACAUGAGGGUUAUCCGCUUCCUGGUUCGUCAUGUGAAGUAUUUCCUGGGCCUUCGGUUUGAAGUGAGCGGUUGGGAGCAUCUGCAGACAGAGGGACCCUACGUCAUCAUCUCCAACCACCAGAGCUCCCUAGAUGUUUUGGGCCUGAUGGAGAUCUUACCAGACCGCUGCACCAUGAUUGCCAAGAAGGAGUUGAUCUACGCUGGCACAGUGGGCCUCGUCUGCUGGCUGGGCGGCAUCGUCUUUAUCAACCGCAAGAAGACGAGCGACGCCAAGAGUGUCAUGGCCGGCGCUGCCAAAACCAUGUUGGACGACCAGAUCCGUCUAUGGGUGUUCCCAGAAGGAACGCGAAACCAGAGAGGCGACCUGCUGCCCUUUAAAAAAGGCGCUUUCCACCUGGCAGUGCAGGCACAAGUACCCAUCAUACCCGUCGUCUUCUCCUCCUACAGCAACUUCUACCUACGAAAAGAGAAACAGUUCAAAUCAGGGACCAUCAGAUUGAAGAUCCUUCCAAAGAUCGAGACAAAGGGGAUGGCGUCAGAGGAUAUUUCGUCCCUCUCUGACAAAUCCUUCAACCUGAUGCGCUCUGCCUUCCUGGACAUCUCUGACUCCGUAACCCAGAGCAACGGGCCCUUGAGGCACUGAACAUUUACCAUAGUCCAGCCUCUCUAUUUUUUCCCUAUGUCCCUGUCUGAGACCCGUUCCUCCCCCAGACCUCCCCGCUACCCCCGGGUUGUCCCAUCACCUGGCCAGGAAACAACAUGACACAGGUCUCUUGUCAUGAAACCUCUUCUCGUCUAGUUGAGGCCUGGUCCAGUCCGCCUCUGGCCUGACCAUACAGCACAGUCAGUCCUGACCCUCACUAUGUCUGCAGCAGCGACGGCAGCAGCGCUGCUCUGCACGCCGUGAGCGGAGUGACGGACGGCAAGCCGAACAGUAUGGAUGUGUGUUGCUCUUCGUGCAUGCCUUUUGGAUGGCUCUGUCCAUCUUCACCCUUGCUUUAUUAUUAUUGUCUUACUUUAUCACCAUUUUGUACCUUUUUUAUUUUUAUUUUAUUUUUUUAAUUUCUUUUUUUUUUUGCCUUUUUCUCCUCUUUCUUUUUCUCCUUUCGCCUUCUGUUUAGCAGAUAAACCUUUGCAUUUUCUCUUUCCUGUUGAUAAACGUCAGUGGGAAUUUAUGUGUUUCUCUCAUGCUGCCUUUGUUUCAGUUAUCUUUUGACACACACACAGGCACACACACAUUCAAAGUACCCCAUCUCCUUCCUUCCUUUCCUUUUUAGUGUGUUAUCCCCCUUUCUGCAUUCCAGUCUCUUGCCCAAAGACAAAAGGAGCGGGGUCUCCACGAGCGGCGGAGUGCGUGGAGGUGAGGCGUCGACACCGGUCGACCACGGACCGCUUUAGUCCCGUCGCUAUGAAUUUAACUCUGUGUCCAUAUAGGCUCUUCGACUCUUAUGACCAAUGGCUCCUCGGCAUACUUCAUGACGUCAGGGAGCAAGGAAUUCAAGGUUACAAGAAACAGUGUAUAACAAUAGCACCCAUCUGUACUGAAUUAAUGGACUUCAUUGGACUGAUCAGUUUUCAGUGUUGUGCAUUGUUGGUGUACCAUUGUGCUUUCUUUCAGUUUGUCUCUCCAAAAGUUUAGAAAUAACCUGCGUGCUUUCAUCGAGCAGCAAGUGUCUUCUGGCUGUAUUCUGUAUUUUUGCUCUCUAUUUAUUUCCACGUCUAAUAUUCUUGUGUUUUUUGUUUUUUUUUAGGGUUUCUUUUUUUCUUUUUAAGAAGUGAUCACACGUUCACGCUCUUCUGAAGGAAGUCACAAGUGAACCUCUUUAAGAUGUGUCAAAAAAGGUGAUUUCCUAAAGUGCAAUGUCCAACUGUUUUAGCAUUUCUGUUCCAAAGUGCAAGCCACCUGCCGUGCCAUGACAAAGUAUAUUUUCGGAUGUCAGUUUUUGAUGUCAGCCCCUUUAUUGACUCACUAUGACCUGCUUAAUCAGUCGUCCGCUGACUCGUUGCCCUUUACCAAUAAAAUCAUAUACCUUUUACCAAUGAUAGAAGGUGGUUCUUGCUGUAAGGAAGAGAGUAAAAGUGUAUAAUUAUGGAAUUAUUUAGAUCUCAAGAAUUGUUUGACUUGGUCUGAUUGUAUUUGUUCUGAUGAACUUGAAGAUUCAGUAAUUACUAACAGUCCUGACAUACUCAAGUCUACAUCUCAGAGGAGUUUAAUUACUUAAAAUGUAUUCUGUUAAUUGGAAAUGGAUCGGGGUCGUCCCUCUUGUUUUUUUUUUUUUGGUUUUUUUUAAUUAAUAUGAAAGUGAAUAACGUUUUUAGAUGUGAUGUUCUGAUUCAGUUAUUACUUAACCUCAGAAAAUAUUAGAUUAUUUAAAAAAAGAAAAAAAAAAAAGUUGUGGAAAUUUUGGCCUUAAGUUUGAUUGGUUGUUGCUGUUGUUGCUGCACUUGGGAUUGUUCAUCUCGUUUUGCUCAUGAGCAGUUUUUGUUUUGUCAUUUGUACUGACAAUGACUUCUAAUCAGAUAGAUUUGACUGAACUGCAUUUUAGUUUCCAGGUCUUAAUUCUCAUGUUACUCAUUGCCUUUUUACACUGUUUGCUAAAUCACUAAUUUCGCCACUUUUGUCCCAAUCAGACACCAUCUGAGAAUGUAUUUCAGCAUUCAGGAUAUUUGUGUACUACUAAUUGCAUCUUAUUGUUUUAUUUCAUUUUGAAGUUAUCAUUUUAAAGUGGGAUGCUUUCUUGCAUACGGUUGGCAUCACAACCUAGGAAAUGUAUUUAUUUGAGCGUUAGAUGUUAAAUUUAGACUGACUUGUUGUGCACACACACCUCCUGCGAUCAUCUUGUGAAUGGAUUUGUCAGUACUCUGGUACUAAGCCUUCACACUGCUGUUCACAUUUGAGUGCAUCAGUAGUUCUACUGAUACCUGCUGGGCUCUCGGCUUUAAGUACGUGACAGUCAGGGUUUCAUUUAUCUUCAUGGCCAGUAUGGAAUAUA